AUGUGCCUCUACACCUUCGACGAUCCUGCCAUCAGCAAUGGAUCUGCCGUAAUGAAUCGCGUUCCUGGCGAUGCUUGUCCCUUUGAUGCUCUCCAGCCAGACAACGAUCUCGUGACGAGCUUGAACACGGCUUCUUCAUUCUGGCAGCUUGGAGUCCACCUGGCUGAGGAUCCCAACAACGACACCAAGCGGGUACAGCUUUCGUCGAUCAGCUCCGUCUCCGCACGAGACUUUUUUACGAUGGCAGCCGUCAGGAACAGCACUAGAAAUGACGGUGGUGUGACGUUCGAGAUGGUGAUUCGACGUCGAGCGAUGACCAACCACAGCAUGACGCUGUUCUCCAUCGCUAACGAAUACGACAACUGCGUGGACGCCGGGUUUCGCCUGGAUGUAAACGAGCAUCAAGUGCUGAGCUUUAUCUACUUUCUGCCUGUACUGGAGGAGGGUGGCGAAGCGGGAGUGGAGGCCUGUUACGAGCAGCGACUGUUUUCUGUGGACAACUCAGCAGCUUGUCAGCUUCCACCCUUACUUGAGCCGAUGGAGCGAACUCCGCCCGUACACGUCACUGUCACGUUAGACCCAUUGAGCGCACGGGGUCUAUGGAAAACCGACUUCUACAUGAGCUAUACGAACGUCGAGACAAUGCAGAGAGUUGACUGCGAAGUGCACGACGAGCAGCAUCCCCCCAGCACUCAGGUACUUGGCAACCUUAUUGAAGGUCGAUACAGAUUGUACUUGGGCAAUAGCCCUCGCAACGUAACUUUUCCACGGCGACGCAAGCAUUUGGCUCCAGCACGAGUAGUCCAGCCGGUUGGACAUAUGAGCAACCUGAACGCUACAGAGCGACUUCGUCUACUAUUGAGGCAGAAACUGAUGAGCAUCGAUGGACCGCGGUUGCCCAAGGCAAUGCGGAUUUUCGGUGAUAACUCUGUCUCGCUGCAAAUUCUAGGAGUCACAUUUCCACCUCUGGAUGAGGACACACCUCUAGCUUAUCUCCGCAGCAAGUUUGCCGAUUUCAAGGAGCAGUACGGCGAUCAGAUUGUCGAUUAUUUGGUCAACUCGGUGCAGCAAAAAUCAAGAGGACCCCUCUUCCAAGGCGCAGAUGGUGCGACUUUCGAUCUUUUCCACUUCGCCAUUUAUCGCCGCGUGGUGUCGGAUGAGCACGUGAAUUCCAUCUCAAGACAACAGUUAUUGCCGACUCGCCAAUUCUCAUCUCUGCAUCAAACUGUGCGGAUUCCGGAAGACUCAAUUGUACUGUUGAACCUCACGAUGCUUGAUGGAGUUUUCAAUAAUUUGCGUCUCGAGUUGAGGGGCAUUCCAGAAUUUGGACAACUUCUCCUGUUUCCUAACAAAACCGUACGUGAUCAGAACAACGAGAACAUCCCACUUCCAAACCCCGUGGCGUUCUCUCGGAGAUUGGAGCCAUACGCAACGAAGCGAGGAUCGACAUCUUUGUGGACGCUGUGA